AUUGAUAUGGGUGGGGAAAGGGUUAAACCCUCCCAGCUGCUUCCUGUUGAGGAUCAAAGGGGGAGAGGUAUUGUGAUGGGCCCGGCCCCACGGAGCCUCCCACUUCCCUCCUUCCUCCUCUGGGUCAGGCAGCAUCUUUCCUUCCUUCCUCGGCAAGGUCUUUCCAGGCCAUGCGGCCCUGGCUGUUUUGCAUGGUGGUGGUGGUGCUGGUGGUGGUCCUGGCCUUUCCGGGCCGGGCUUUGGGGGGCCCGGGGGGCUCCUUCCUCAGGGCUUUGGGCCUCCACGACCGGCCCCCUCGGCCCCACGGGAGAAGCCCCAACGCCAACGCGGAGGUGCCGCCUCUGCUCUGGAAGAUCUUCCAAAGGAAAAGCCAAGAGAAGGAGGCCCCGGAGGACCACGCAGGAGGAGGAGGAGGAUGCUGGAUGGAGGAGCUCCACGCGCCCGGGAACAUCCUCCGACGCUUCGCCGACCAAGGUGGCCCCGCCCACCCUCGGGCGCCCCCCGUCUGCCUCCGGAAGCGCCUCUACUUCAACGUCUCCGCCUUGGAGGCGGGCGAGAGGGUGACGGCGGCCCGGCUGGAGCUCCGCUUUGGGCAGAACCUCUACCGGGCGGCCUCCACCUCGGGCCCCUUCGACCUGCGGCUCUUCCGGGUGACCCGGGCGUCUCUGGCGGGGAUGUCAGCCCACAACCGCCGGGCCGUGCUCUCGCAGUCCUUUCUCCACGUCCACAAGUCCUUCUCCUUUGACGUGACCCCGGUGGCGGGUGACUGGCGGACGCCGUCCCGGAACUUGGGACUUGUCCUGGAGAUCGGCGCCCGCGACUGCUCCGGCCUGGACUCCUUCCGGGAGGCCUCGCUCUUCGUGGUCUCGCUCUCGCGCUGCCGGAGCCCCCGGAAGAAGCGCGGCGCUUACUACGUCCCGCCGGCCGGCGCUGCCAACGUCUGCAAGCCGCGUGGGCUCUACAUCGGCUUUGGCGACGUGGGCUGGGAGAACUGGAUCAUCGCCCCGCAGGGCUACCAGGCCAACUACUGCCUGGGCGAGUGCCCCUUCCCGCUGACCGAGGAGCUCAACGGCACCAACCACGCCAUCCUCCAGACCAUCGUCCACUCCCUGGACCCCCGGGGCACCCCCCAGCCCUGCUGCGUCCCUGUCCGCCUCUCGCCCAUCUCCAUCCUCUACUACGACAACGACGACAACGUGGUGCUGCGGCACUACGAGGACAUGGUGGUGGACGAGUGCGGGUGCCGCUAGGACCGGAACGGGCAAACUUCAGCCCUCCGGGUGUUUUGGACUUCAACUCCCACAAUUCCUAACAGCCUACCGGCUGUUAGGAAUUGUGGGAGUUGAAGUCCAAAACACCCGGAGGGUUGAAGUUUGCCAGGCGCAAGGCUCCUGUUCGUGCGCCAAAACAGGAUUUGCAGUUUUAAAAUAUCAAUGUUUUAACUCAAUAAAUAAAAGAGAUGCUAUGGCUGC